AUGUCUACCGACUUCCCCCUGAAUCAGUACAAAGCUGGUGGUGGUCACCCCAGCGCCGUGCGCAGCGGCAUCCGGGAAAAGAUUGACGAGUCUUUGUACAGUCACAUUGCCAGGCUAUUCAACAAGUAUGCCAACGCGAAUGACAUGUGGUCGCGAGACCAGCUUGGGAUCUUCAUGGAACACACCCAGCAGGAAGACCCCAACGGCAUCUCCUCGCACCUUACUGACAAGGUAGGCAUGAGCCUCCGCGAGCUGUUGGACUACAUCGCCUCACCCAGUGGCAACGCUCUCGAGAUGGCUGUGCCUCAAGACUUGAGCCUCCCCCUCAACGACUACUUCAUCUCGUCAAGCCACAACACCUACCUCACUGGAAACCAGCUGUCGAGCGACUCAAGCGUUGACGCCUACAAAGACGUGCUUCUCCGCGGGUGCCGCUGCAUCGAGAUCGACGUCUGGGACGGCGAGGAGCGCUUCCUGGCUGGGUACUCUCAAGAUGACGCCGAGAACGAGAGGUACCUAGCGUCCAAGGAGGCCGGGGAGGCAGAUAGCAAGCCCGGUCCUACGUACAAAGUCACCUUCAAAGAUAAGAUGAUGAUCAAGGCCGCACGCUGGGUGAUGAACAAGUUUGAUCCGGUGGACCCUGAAGGCCGCACCGUGGACGAUCGCAUCGCCGACAUGAUGCGUGGCGAGCCCCGGGUCCUACACGGCUUCACCCUCACCAAGGAGGUUCUGUUCCGCGACGUAUGCAGGGUCGUCAAGGAGCACGCCUUUGCCGUGUCGGAUCUGCCGCUCAUUGUCAGCCUCGAGGUCCACUGCUCUCCGCUGCAGCAGAACGCCAUGUGCGAUAUUAUGGAGGAGGCCUGGGAAGAGUUCCUCCUCCCCACACCAGAGGAGGAUCCAACCGCGCUCCCAUCGCCCGCCGACCUGCGCAACAAGAUCCUCAUCAAGGUCAAGUACGUUCCCCAAGACAAAAAGGACGACAGCGGUAGCAUAACGUCUGGCGUGGACAACGGCCAAGUCGGGGACGAAGACGACAGCAUCCUCGACGUCAUCAACCAAGAUGACGGCACCAAAAAGACCCAACGUGUGAAGGCGCCCAAGGUUACGCCCAGGCUGAGCAGAAUGGGCGUCUACACUCGCGGCGUCAGCUUCAAGUCGUUCGCGCAGCCCGAAGCCGCCAUGGCAAACCACAUCUUCUCGCUGUCGGAAAAGAUGGCCUUUGACACGCAGCGACGCGAGCCGGCUGCGUUUUUCCAACACAAUAGAAACUACCUCAUGCGGCUGUACCCGCACGGCAUGCGCUUCGACUCGUCCAACUUUGACCCCGUCCUCUUCUGGCGCGCCGGUGCGCAGCUGGUUGCGCUCAAUUGGCAGUCUUGGGACUCGGGCAUGAUGCUCAACGAGGGCAUGUUUGCCGGCUCGGAUGGUUACGUCGUCAAGCCUGAGGGGUACAGAAGCGGCGACGCAAAGGACCGCGCACUAAGGAGCAAGACCCUCGACAGAGUAGCCAUCACCGUGCUGGCGGGACAGAACCUGCCGUCGCUUAACGGGAAGGACGACGCCUCAUCAUUCAUCCCAUACGUCAAGGUUGGACUGCAUACGGAACCGGACCCUCUGACUGCCUUGGUUGGCGAAGAUAUGACGCCUUUGGACGUCAGGCAGGUUGGGUAUAGUGGCACCACGGUCAGGGGUGCGGGUACCAGCCCUGAUUUUGGCGGCGACAUCAUUGAGUUUUUGGACGUCAAGGGGGUGGUGCCCGAGCUGACAUUUCUGUCUUUUGUGAUUAUGAACGACGUCAUGGGGCCCGAUGUCGUGGCUGCUUGGGCUUGUAUUCGCCUGGAUAGACUCCGUGCCGGAUACCGAUUUGUUCGUCUUUUUGACAAGGACGGUAUGCCCUCUAGAGGUGUUUUGCUCGUCAAGACUGAGAUAACUGAGGCAGACCUGGACAACUGA